GUCACUCUCACUCACACUCUCCGUUCCUCUUUCCGGCAGGGACACAGACAAGCAAGCAACGGAUGAAGACACAGGAAGGACAGGAAACGAAACAUUCUCUGGCCAGUCCAUCCGUCGCCUUACUUGACCUUUUGAUGUUCAGGAAGCAUGACUUUGUGACCUUGAACAUUGGACGACCGAUGAGGAAUGAAAAGAUAAGAAGAUGCUGGUGGAGGAAGAUGAGAGGAAGAAUCAAGAGAGAGAGAGAGAGAGAGAGAAAACGAAAGGGACGCUCGGCCAGGCUCGCGUGUCACCGGCGGGGCAUUGUGGGAAUAUCGACGUUUUGCUUCUGCUAUCAGCUGAUUUGAGAGAGCGUUGUUUACCUGCCGAGGACCAUCAGGGCUACCAGUAUAUUCUGCAUGACUACGAGAAAAGAUGGGGGGAAGUCACAGACGAGGUGUAAGAAUCCUCCUCUUAGGGGAUCAAGGUGUAGGCAAGACCUCACUUAUUCUCUCCCUCGUCUCUGAAGAAUUCCCUGAGCAAGUUCCUCCCCGAGCUGAAGAGAUAACAAUUCCUCCAGAUGUGACGCCAGAGAAAGUUCCAACACAUAUCGUUGAUUACUCAGAGCGUGAGCAAAGUGUGGACCAGCUGCGGGCAGAGGUGAACCGUUCGGACGUGAUCUGUGUGGUGUACAGUGUGGAGGAUGAAGACACGCUGGAUCGGGUCACAGGUCACUGGCUGCCCCUCAUCAGAUCCACUUUGGGCCAGCACCACCACACGCCCAUCAUCUUGGUGGGGAACAAGGUGGAUUUGGUGGAUUACUCAACCAUGGAGAUUGUCUUGCAAACCAUGAUGGAGUAUCCAGAGAUUGAGACAUGUGUUGAGUGCUCCGCCAGAACCCUCAAGAACAUAUCUGAGAUGUUUUACUAUGCGCAGAAAGCUGUCCUUCACCCAACGGCUCCCUUGUAUGUCCUGGAGGAGAGGGAUCUCACAGAGAAGUGCAAGAAAGCUUUGAUCAGGAUAUUCAAAAUCUGUGACUUAGAUAAUGACGGCCUCCUGAAUGACCAGGAGCUGAAUGCCUUCCAGCGGCGAUGCUUCAACGCUCCACUCAACCCUCAGGCACUGGAGGAACUGAAGACUGUAGUGAGGAGGAACGUCUCUGAUGGUGUUCAUGAAGAUUGUCUAACUUUACGGGGCUUCCUCUUCCUUCACCGACUCUUCAUUCAGCGUGGACGCCAUGAGACCACCUGGACUGUGCUGAGAAAGUUUGGCUACAACGACAAUCUCCAACUUUCCAAGGACUACCUCUUUCCCUCCUUGCGAGUGCCACCAGGCUGCAGCACAGAGCUCAAUCAUGCUGGCUAUUCCUUCCUUAUGAGUCUCUUUGAAAAGUACGAUCGGGAUAAAGACAACGCCUUGAGCCCACAGGAGCUGAUUGAUCUAUUCUCAACAUGCCCAGUAAUGCCAUGGGGGCCAGAUGUGCUCAACUCAGUACACACUAAUGAGAAGGGGUGGAUUACAUUACAAGGCUUCUUAGCACAGUGGACCCUAUGGACACUAUUAGACAUUCAAAGGACAUUAGAGUAUUUUGCAUAUCUUGGCUACUGUGGAUCUGGAGAUGACAGUCAGCUCUCAGCCAUUACAGUAACACGGGAGAAACGAAUUGAUCUCCAGAAGAAGCAGACAAUGAGGAAUGUGUACCAGUGCCAUGUUAUUGGACCACAGGAUGCAGGCAAGACCACAUUCUGUCAGGGCCUCCUUGGCAGGCCAUUAGAGGAAGCUCAAGAUAUUCCCAAUGACAGACUGUCAAGGCAUACCAUAAGUACACUUCAGGUUUAUGGUCAAGAAAAAUACCUAGUUCUGCAUGAUAUAGACGUCCACAAUAUUACUGAUGCUCUGAUGCCCAGUGAAGUCCAGUGUGAUGUAGCCUGCCUAGUGUAUGAUGUCUCAAAUCCUAAGUCUUUUGAAUAUGUUGCAAGAAUAUAUCUGAAAUACUUCAGUGAAACUUCAAUACCAGUGUUAUUUGUAGCCAACAAGGGAGACAUGUCUGCUGUGCGUCAAGAUUACAUCCUGCAGCCUACUUCCUUCUGUCAUAAGCACAAAAUUCCUCCUCCACAUCCAUUCUCCUCUGUGUCCCAACCCAAGAGAGAUAUAUACACCAAGCUAGCAACAAUGGCAGCUUACCCUCGGUUUCAAGCUGCUUGGAUGCUCUUUUACCGAAGCAGCACCCUUCGUCGAUUAGUGCACGUGUUGCUGUUGCGGCCAGACCCUUCUUACGUGGCAAGGCAUCUGAAGCAGCUGGGUGUGGUGGUGGGGGAACACAGCACCUGGCUCAAGGUGGGCUUGGGUGUGGCUGCCAUCGCCGCCUUUGCAGUGCUCCUGGCCAGGGCUCUCCGUUCUGUUGACAGAUAGUUUUCUCUUCUAGUUUGCUGGGUCUCAAGACUUGCUACUGGGAUUGGGAUACAGUGGCUCAUAUAAAUAGAAAUUCUUGAGCUUGUUAGUGUGCAGAUAUGCUGCCAGCAUACUGAAUACGCUCUAUUUAUUGCUAUAGCAUCUUUUGUAUAAAGGAAUCAUUACUGUUAAUAAGUAAAGUGAAGCAAAGUAUUUUUUUAGGUAAUUGUUAUCUAUAAUGGAAGUGCAUGUAUUUUAUAUUAGGCAUCAUUACCUAUAUUCUUGGUCAAUUUUAUUUAUGAAUACUGAACAUAAGAUGGUUAAUAGUGUAAAUAUCCUUGGUUGCUUGAAUACUAUUCUAAUCUUCCUCAAUAUAACAUUUGUCAUGUUCAUUGUGGUUGCCGAUUGUCUUAGUUCAUAAUAUUAUCCUCUUGUGAAAUUUAAAUAUGGCUUUUAUCACAGUAAAAUCUUGAAUCAAUUUCACAAUUGCCAUUUAUUUUUGUGGCAUAAUCAGAGUUUGAUUUCUAUACAUGUAUAUAUCUUAUUUUUCUGACCACAUAUCCAUCUAUCUAUCUAUCCCUCAUUUUUAUUAUUUAUACAUCUGUUCAGGUACUACAUGUUUCUUGGGACUCCUUUGAGGGUAAUGAGCUUUGUCAGAGGCCUCCUGUACAGUCCGGACACUUUAUCUUUGCAUCUCUCUCUCUCUCUCUCUCUCUCUCUCUCUCUCUCUCUCUCUCUCUCUCUCUCUCUCUCUCUCUCUCUCUCUCUCUCUCUCUCUCUCUCUCUCUCUCUGUCGGGUUUCUCAAACACUGACUCUUCAUCAUCUGCCUCUCAGCCUCUCAUGGUUUACUCUAGACCUGUGUUUAUUCACAUUUUGAUUCUUUUAUAUGAAAUGUGUGGAAAAUAUUUACCCAAUCACUGCUGAUUUACUUAAUUUUGGUGCUUCUUAAUCAUGAUGUAUGUGAGUCAGUGUUUCUCUCUCUCUCUCUCUCUCUCUCUCUCUCUCUCUCUCUCUCUCUCUCUCUCUCUCUCUCUCUCUCUCUCUCUCUCUCUCUCUCUCUCUCUCAUUUCAUCUGUAUAGCUGUUCACAUAUUUUAUUGGCAUCACUAUUAAGUAACAGAUCAGCUCUUUUAGCCAGUUUUGUAAUUUCAGAAUAUUUAGAAAAUUGUUAUUCCAGAUAGAAACCACCUAUAUCUAUUAUUUUGUCAAUUCACUACAUAAGUAUCGGAAAAAUGUGCAGCUUUUUAUAUGACUCCUGGCCUUCUGUGAGAGGUGACCGCAUAUAACACUCGAGAUUGGUACUGGUGGCUCAAUUCAUACAAGUCCUCUUUACCCUUGCUAACUGAAAUUAUUUCCAAAUUUCAUGUUUUUAUUAUUGAAUUAUGGAAGGGGAGACUUACUUGUUUAAUUUGGUAUUUUUUUUACAUUUCUCAACCAUGCUCUUGCUGCAUCAAGUAGGGUGACUUGUAUGUGUGUUAGAGUGUCACAAAGGAAUACUCUUGUAAAUUUUGUUAGUAAGGAGAUGUGCAGCAUUAUUCCAUUAAAUUUUGUCAAGAAAAAUGUACUUAUUUCAUAGUUGUGUGCCGUAUGAAAAUACAACUUGUGAGGAAAAAUUGUUGGGAUGCAGUUUGUAUUCUCACAUUGAGGAGGAGGGAAAUCUUGUAAUCAGCUCAUUGUACAUAUGAUCUCCAAGCAUCAUAUUGCAAUCAUAGAAUUAAUUAUGCCAUUUGAA